AGAAGCAUCAGUACAGAAAAUAUGUCAAUUGAUCCGAACAACCGUAAAAAGACAACCCAUAUUUUCAGAGUAUAAGAAGAACAAGAAAGAACUUUUUUCACAAUGGUUAAUUGACCAGGUUACAUGAACUUCUUGGUUGUUUUUGUAAAAUCAUUUACAGCGGGAGAGUCAGACCGAUGGAUGCCUUGAAUUAGAGCUGGGUCCCGCGAAAGGUUUAAUUAUUCAAAUGGAUGUCACCAACCCUCCACGGCUCCACCUCCCUAACAAGAAAACCAGGUCCUCACAUGGUGAACCUUUUCCUCCCUCUUUACUUGUAAAUGGAGGGAAGGAAGGUUAAGAUCAUCGCAGUUGCAGCGGUCAUCACGCUCGUAAUCGUGCUUGUAGUUGCCCGUCUCUGUUUGAAACUAAGCAGGUCUUUCUUCCUUAUUUUCGGAGCUGGUAUUGCCGGAAUUCUUUCCGUCUUCAUAUGGGUAUAUCUCCAAAACCGUGUUGACCUUCGUCGGAAUUCAUUACAGAGGAGAUUUUCUUUGGAAGGAAAAGAGCUUAGGAUCGAGUACAGCUUUCUCAGGAAGGUUGCAGGAGUUCCUACAAAGUUCAGAUAUAAAGAGAUUGAGGAUGCAACAGACAAUUUCCGGGCGAUUCUCGGAAAAGGUGCCUCCGCUUCUGUCUUCAGGGGGAUCCUUGAUGAUGGCACGGCGGUUGCCGUGAAACGAAUCGAAGGCGCAGAGUACGGCGAGAGGGAGUUCCGAUCAGAGGUGGCCGCUAUUGCAAGCGUGCAGCAUGUCAAUCUCGUGCGCCUCAUCGGCUACUGUUGCGUCCCAGAAGGGCCUCGGUAUCUUGUUUAUGAGUUCAUACACAAUGGUUCAUUGGAUACCUGGAUCUUCCCGCCGGGUGGAAGCCGCAGAUCCCAGAGGGGAUGCUUACCAUGGAACUUGAGGUACAGAGUCGCCAUUGAUGUCGCUAAGGCGCUUGCAUACCUUCAUCAUGAUUGCCGGAAGAAGAUCCUGCACCUUGAUGUUAAGCCGGAGAAUAUACUCUUAGAUGAAGAUUUCCGAGCAAUUGUAUCAGAUUUUGGGUUGUCAAAAUUGAUGAGCAAGGAUCAGAGUAGAAUCAUUACGACUGUCCGAGGUACUAGGGGGUACUUAGCUCCUGAGUGGCUCCUGGAGCAAGGAAUCUCUGAAAAAUCCGAUAUCUAUAGCUACGGUAUGGUGCUUCUUGAGAUUGUUGGUGGCCGGAGGAAUGUAAAUUUGGUUGGAGGUGGUGAUAAAUCUCAGAGGAAAUGGUCAUACUUCCCCAGAAUUGUGAACCAGAAGGUGAGAGAAGGGAAGCUCUUGGAGGUGGUUGAUGAGAGACUAAUGCAGGAAGGAAUGAUUGAUGAGAGGGAGGUCAGAGUCUUGGUGUAUGUUGCUCUGUGGUGCAUACAAGAAAGAGACAAGCUUAGGCCUACCAUGGCCCGUGUUGUUGAGAUGCUUGAAGGGCGUGUGGUUAUAGACAGGCCACCUGAGCCAGAAAUGAUCGUCGUUGAUCUCUUGUCGAUCGAGGAGGAACCAACCGGCGGUGGUGAAGGAGCUGCAAAUCCAGCACCACCAACACGCCAAGGGGAGGCUGAGCUCCCUCCCACAUCAGCCUACUCAUUUGGCUUGUCAGUUUUAUCAGGCCGGUAGCAGUAGCACCAGGAGUGGCUAAAAUUAAAGCAGCUGCUCUGUCAGUUCUCAAUUUCUUUUUCUAUACUCUAUAGGAAUGGAGCCAUACAAAACCUUGAUUUUUUUUUUUUCUUGACUUCUUGUAACGUUUUGUAUGUAAUGAAAAUUUAUCCCCUUCUCUGAAGGUUCUGGGAAAAAAAUAUCUUUGAAUGGGUGACUUGCUUUUGAAA